AUGGCCGACGAAGACGAUCCUGUCGUCGCGUCCUAUGAUGUCUGCUUGACUAGUAAUGUCUUUUCAGACGAGGCACGCUCGUCGAACUUGUACCUUCUCCAGUACCCCUCCCACCGCCCCCGGUCAAAACCAUACAAUGCCGCCAGAUCGCAAGCUCCUACCUUUCUACGCCUCAAGCCCGAAGCUGGCUUCGUGGAGGUUGACGUACCCAUCUUGACACAUGAACACUACAAUGAGAACCAAGGGCAGAGAUUUGGGAGAGCAAUGACAGACAGUCGCACGAUUCAAGCAGGAGGCUCUUAUGGGCUGGCUGGCGGCUUUGGCACAGGUGCCGUGCAGCCAAGACUGCGCGACGUCCCUAUGCAUGAUCAAACACAUGGGCCUGCACCUGUAUUGGAGACUCAGACAUUGGGCGGAAAGAUAUCCAAGCCAACCGCCCGCGAUCCCAUCUAUUUAAUCGGCUACUUGCAUCAGAACAAAAUUCAGCUCUCCCACCUGGAUGCCAUUGUGCAGAUGCGCCCUCAGUUGCAUCACAUUGACGCUGAAGAGGAGCUCAAUCAGAAGCGGGCACAAGUUGGCGCUAAUCCCGGCGCUUCAAGGCAGAAGCCAGGCAUGGAACCGCCAACACCGAAGGUGGAAUCGAAGGCAAUCGAGAUCAAAAUCAAAGAUAACAAGGACGAUAUAAAGGAUCGGACCAUGAAAGACAAUGCGCGGCAGCUGCGGGAUAUCCUGGUAGAUCAGUGGCAGAACCACGAAUGGGUGGACGAGGAGGACGAGGAGGCCAGGACGGCAUUGUGCACCUCACUAGGUCCUGCAGACAGUGUCCCUUUGCCCAGGCUUCGAAGUGCUCUGGGCAAUGGGGAUUGGUUGGAUAAGAUGAGUGCCCCGCGGGACGAUGGGAAGAAAGGCCUCCUGUCGAAGCUACGCGGUCGAGAGCGGGAGAGGGCACGUAGGAAGAAAGCAGAGGCUGAAAAGCGACAACGUCAGCGAGAAGCCGCCGGCAAUGCACCAGGCACAUCUGGCCCGUUCAUGGAUAUGAGCGACGACAGUGAGCUGAGCAGUCCCGAAAUCACAGAUGACGACUUGGCCGAUGAAGUCACGACAUCAGAAUCGAAGGUCACAGAGGAGGUGCAGGUCAAGGAAGAGCCAGCCCCUAUUCCGGCCACCAAAAGGAGUCUCCUGGCAUCAGCUCCGGUACCAAAGAAGAGAGGGCGGCCGCGGAAAAAUCCAGCUACCGAAUAG